AUGAGCGUUGUGGUGGGCAAGUCCUCGCCGGUGGUCGUGUACCCCGCCGAAACCCGGGCGCCAGCCGGCGACGUGCACCUCUCGUCUUUCGACCAGCGCGUCCCCCCUUUCGCGGUCACAUCGCUCCUCAUGUUCGACCAUCCGAUCGACAAUCCCGUUGAGACCAUAAAGCGGGCGCUGUCGCGAGCGCUCGUCCACUACCGCCCUGUGUCCGGCCGCCUCGCCGGUGCCGAACACCGCAUCGCAUGCACCAACGAGGGCGUGCCGUUCGUGGGGGCGUCCGCGAGCUGUGCCCUGGAUCUGGAGGAGAUCACCCCGGCGCUGCUCGCGGAUCUCGCCGUCGGCUACGCCGCUCCUUUCUGCCGGCGCACCGACCCGCUGCUGCAGAUGCAGGUCACGGAGUUCUCCUGCGGCGGCUUCGUCGUCGGGGUCACGUGGAACCAUGUCCUGGCCGACGGCACCGGGACGGGGCAGUUCCUGCAGGCCGUCGGCGAGCUCGCCCGCGGGAUGCCGCGGCCGUCCGUCGUUCCGGUCAGGCCGGCCGCCGCGGUCCGGGAUCUCCCUCCGCCCACGGCCACGGCGGAGAGGCGCUCCUUGAUGAAGCCCAAGGAGAAGGAGGGCCAGGGCGCCUUCCUCGACAUCACCGUCCCGUCGAGCCUCAUCGGCCGCGUCAAGGCCCAGUGCGCCUGCACGCUGUUCGAAGUCGUCGCGGCGGUGCUGUGGCGGUGCCGGACCCGCGCGGCCGUCCAGGAUCCCGACGCCCCCGCGCCGCUCGUCUUCCCCAACAACGUGCGCGAGCUCUUCGGCGCGCAGGACGGCUACUACGGCAACUGCACCAUCAUGAAGUCGGUGCGAGCGACGCGCGCCCAGGUGGCCGACGGCGACAUCAGGGACGUGGUGCGGCUCAUCAGGCGCGGCAAGGAGACUCUGCUGGAGGCCGAGGCCGGCGGCGGCGCGGAGACCGGGGGAGACUUGUACAACAGGCUGGCCGUGUCGAGCUGGCGGCGCAUCGGGUUCGACGCGGCCGACUUCGGCGGCGGCACGCCGGCGCGGGUGAUGUGGCACGAGGACCGGAUGGUGGUGCCGGAGUGCAUCGUGUGCCCGCCGUGGAAGGGCAAGGACGGGGUCAACGUGCAGUCGCUCUGCGUCAGGCCGGAGCACGCCGCCGCCUUCCUGGCCGAGAUUGCGGCAAUGUGA